AUGGACCAAGGACAAGGUCAAGGCGACCUCAACUGGCGUCUCAGCGCGCACCCGAUCACGCUACUUGUCUUCUUGGGCAUUCGGAUCGGUGCUCUACUGAUGUAUCUAUUUGGUGUACUCUUCAUCGAUGACUUUAUCCUCGUCUUCAUUUUCACCCUUCUUCUCCUCUCCGCGGAUUUCUACUACCUCAAAAACAUUGCGGGACGCCGGCUGGUCGGCCUACGUUGGUGGAACGAGGUGGACACCUCAACCGGCGACUCCCAGUGGGUCUUCGAAUCAUCAGACCCCAACGUUCGCGCUGUGACAGCCACGGACAAGCGGUUCUUCUGGUUGAGCUUGUAUGUCACACCAGCUCUGUGGGUUGGCCUUGCGAUAUUGGCUAUUGUGAGACUUGUCGGUGUUAUUUGGCUCAGUCUGAUUGUUAUUGCCCUCAUUUUGACUAUUACGAAUACCAUGGCCUUCUCUCGCUGUGAUAAGUUUGGUCAGGCCUCCACAUAUGCCAACUCGGCCCUGGGCGGUGGCAUUGUGAACAACAUCGCUGGUGGCCUGCUGGGCAGGUUAUUCCGGUAA